CAAGGCUGUGGAGACUCCCCAAAGAAAACGGAAAAUGUAUUAAAAUAUGCCAAUUGUGAUAAAACUAUAUGCAACACAAAAGAAUUUUUUGAGAAGAAUUUAUUUUGUUUGAAUAAAGGAAAGGAAGAGAAGAAUCACUUGAAGGGAAUAAAACAAUGCAAUGAACAAUGCUUUUUGAGCAAGGUUGUGGAAACUGUCAAGGAAAAGAUUCUAAAGAUUGUUAUGCCUGCAAAGAGAAUUAUUGUAACGAAGAGAAAAAUGUUUACAAGCAUUGUUGGGAAAAUAAUGGAAAAAUAUGUAAAAAUAAAUAUAUGGAAGAGUGUUUCACAGAGAGGACAAAAACAAAUGGAGUAAAUAGAGGAUGUGGAAAGUGCCCCAGUAAGACAUGUGAAACGUGCAACAAAAACCGUUGUAAUGAUGGAAAGGACCUUAAAUAUUACUGUAGAAGCAAAAAGGGUGGGAAAGGAAUGAGUAAAUGUGAUAAACCUGAAUGCUACAUUAAAGCUUUGAAUGAGGCUAAAAAUGAGUUUGAUUUUGGCUGUGGAAAUUGCGAAAUUUCGGACUUAAACUGCGCACAAUGCAGUAAUGGGACUUUGUGUAAUACUGAAUCAUUCUUCAAGAAUGUAAUAUAUUGUUGGCAGAAUCGUCCUGGUAGUUCAAAACAGUAUAGCCUGAAAAGAGAAUGUGUAGAAGGAUGUGAAGUCGUAAGGGAUUAUCGAGGAGAAGUCGAUCAAGGUUGUGCCUUCAGACGACCUUGUGAAAAGAGGCUUACCAUAUCUGACUGCAAAAAUUGUGAUACAAAAUAUUGCAAUGUAGAAAGUCUUGUUCCAAAACACUGCUGGGAUAACACUGGAAAAAUAUGUAAAACAUCGUUUGAAACUCCUUGUUUUGUGGAGAGAAUGAAGAAUAACACAGGCAUUGACUAA